AUGUCUUCAGUUUCGCCGCACCGUAAGAUCAUCGUGGGUGUGGACUAUGGGACGACCUGUACAGGUGUCCACUUAAUCGAUACUCUGGCGUCGGCGGAAGCCUCUCAAGCCAUUUUUGACUACAUUACGGACUGGCCCCGAAACUUCGCACAAGCCAAGGUGCCAUCUAGAAUCGCCUACACCGAGCCCAAUGAGGGUGGUUCACCACAAUGUCGGGCCUGGGGCUUUGAAGUUCGACCGGGAAUGGCUUCAUGCUCGUGGACCAAGCUUCUACUUGAUGUCGAUGCAAAUCUGACCAAUUUUGAUGAUGAUGCGUUAAACCAUGCCGCUGCAUUGGGGAUUUUCCAUCUGCCCGCUGGAAAGGCGCCUGUGGAUGUGGUCGCGGACUAUCUGGGCCACAUAUACCGGCAAACGGGGAAAGCACUGAACAAGAUCAUUAAAGAUGAUCUCAAAACUCUCCCCGUGGAAUUUUGGUUCGCAGUCCCGGCAGCCUGGUCCGAGCAGGCCCAGAUCAAGACCGAAGAAGCAGCAACUCGGGCAGGGUUUGGACAGAGCCCGAAUCACGGCCUUUUCAUCACGACAGAGCCUGAAGCGGCUGCGAAGGCUGUCUUUCAAAGAUACCCAGCGGAUUUUGAGAUCGGAGAUGGUGUGUUGAUAUGUGAUUGUGGGGGUGGCACCGUGGAUAUUGCAACCUAUUUAGUGACCGGUAUCUCUCCUACCCUCCACGUUCAGAAGAUCACCGCAGUCCAAGGAGGUAAAUGUGGCGGCACGGCCAUCGACAGCCGAUUUUAUCAACUUAUGACCACUCGCUUCGGAUCUGCUUUUGAAGACUUGCCUCGUAGGCUAGUUGCGCCGGGGAGCGAUUUCAUGAAUGCGUUUGAGAAAGCCAAACAUAGGUUUAGUGGCGUGCCCGGAGAUGCAGUCCGUCUCCUGUUGAAAAUGAAAUCAAACCACCAUGACGCUCGGCAUUAUAGUUUAGGAGCUAUUCUCCUCUCCUGCGGCGACUUCCAAAGCUUAUUCGACCCAGUGGUUACAAGAAUCAUCAAACUAAUCGACACGCAGCUCAAAGCUGCCGACAAAGCGCGUGGUUAUCCAGUGAUAAAUAAGAUAGUCAUUGCUGGGGGAUUCGGUGCCUCGCCAUACCUCCAGAGGGCACUUCGACGCUAUCAUCAACCCGGAAAGCUAUUAGUGACUAUACCAACAGAACCGCAAUUAGCCGUUGCUACUGGGGCUGCUUUGUGUGGUCUGCAUGGACAUACCACCGUGACCCAGCGCUGUCCCCAGCACUAUGGGUUUGAAACUUCCCGGCCAUUGGACGCUGACACUAACCCGGAUCAUACUACUGGUUGGGACAUGUUUGACGAGGGGACGGUUGUCAAUGGUAUGGUCUCUUGGGUUUUCAGGAAAGAUAAACGAUACCCCCAGGGACACCGUCAUUUGCAAAGCCUUUCCUGGAUCUAUCAACCGGGGGACCUGUUGACGCCACCCAUCUCAAUAUAUGCCUGUAGACUACCAUUUCCCCCGACUACAAUCGACCAUAGUGCGGUGUGUCUCGUCGGUCAGGUUCUGGCUGAUUUUACUCAACUCAACCUGGACGAGUUUAACCAUAGGAUGAUUGAUGGCCGAAUGAUGUAUCGUUUUGAAUGUCAUGUCGAGACCACAUUCGACGCUGAGCGUAGCAUGCUCCAAUUUGCAGUGCAGGCCUUGGGCAAGACCAUUGGAAACGGAAGUUUGGAGAUGCGUGAUAUAGACCUAAGAAGGAGACCAUGGGCUCAGUCGGAGUAG